AUUAACAUAAACAAGAUAGAAUCACCUUCAAGUAUUUGUUUCUUUUUAGGUGACAUCUAUCAUUCUCUUAUGUAGUUGUAUCGAAUUCCUGUAAGUACAAUCGCAAGGAUUGUUCCCCAGUGUUGUGCCGCAAUUCACGAGGUGCUACAAAAGGAAUAUUUAAAAGUACCAAAUACUCGAGCAGAAUGGAUUAACAUUACCAAUGAUUUUGAAAAUAUGUGGAAUUUCCCGAACUGUGUGGGCGCCUUAGAUGGCAAGCAUAUUGUUAUGCAAGCUCCAGCUUGUAGUGGAAGCUAUUAUUUUAAUUAUAAAGGCACACAUAGUAUAGGUUUAAUGGCGUUGGCUGAUGCAACGUACAAAUUAACUUAUGUAAAUAUUGGUUGCAAUGGCAGAAUAUGAGAC